AUGAACAAAGGUAGGCUUACUAGCCGGUUCCACUUUGAGAACAUCGGUGAGACUGGCCCCCCAGCCGGUCUAAAUGAACUACUUGGCGAUGAAGGCGUCAAUGACGGAUCUCUAUGGAAGAUGUACAACAAGGCCCGCGACCUGUUGCCCUUCAAGGCCCGGAUGGAGAAUCUCACGUGGAGGAUGAUGUACAUCAACCAGCCCCAUGGUCAAGACCAGUCGUCUGAGGACCACUCCCAAGGGCAUGCAUCCCUUGGGCUUGAAGAUGAAGAGCAAUACCUUCAAGUCAAGUCCGAGUUUGAAAAUGACCUUCUAUUACCUUCAGACCCCAUUGACGGCUCCGUACAUGCCAUCGACCCGGCUGCCGACGAGUUUGAUUACAUUGAACAUAUCCGCAAGAUGUCGAGAGACGACGUGGGAAACAACACCAAAAAGCGGCCUGCCAACUUUUCUCCCAUGAUUUCCUCGGCACCCUCUACGUCCAAUGCAAAGCUUCACUCUAACUUAUCUGCAUCGCUAGCGGCUGCCCGAGACGCCCAUCCCAUCCAGGACGGACAUCUGUACCAUGACUUUGAUUAUGAUAUGGACCCCUUGGUGGUGGACUCUCUUAAGGACGGGCUCUACAGCGAGUCAUUCCUGUCGUUCUCGUCUUUGAACCACAACGGACAGGCCCACCCUCCUACACAGUCGCACCGGUCUUCGUUCCACCAGGCUCAGGUCCAGUCGCAGUCCCAAUCACAACAUUACCACUCAUCACACCCCAGUAGCUCCUCGCAUCACCACAACCUGUCUGCUUCCGACUCGGUGGGAGGAACGCCGGCCACAGCACAACCCAUACCGAUGAAUACGCCCAACCACUCUGUGGGCCCAUCGACAAUCCUCUCACAUUACGGCUCGACAUCGUCCAUCCAUAGAGAUAACUCUCUUGUCAGUCUCUCGGAGUACCACCGGUCUCAGAAUAGUACGCCGUUUGCAUCGGUAAUGCCACCACAGGCACAAACGUUCACCCCCAUCCAAAGUGACACUUUUCUGCUUCCCGCGUACCCCUUGCAACAUCAAAACUCGUUCUCUCGGUCGUACCAUUCGCCACAAUCACUGCUGUACAUGUCAGCAGUGACACCUCUGGUUGAGACAUUUGAGUCGUCCACGUACUUUGACAGCUACAAGAGGAAAGGUUCGCUUCAAAACCAACAGUUUUCCUCCCAACAACAACUUGGACUGAGUCUUCCUCAAAAUUGGGAAGAGGAAAUUGUUUCCGUGGGCAAUCUUAAUGGUUCAAAUGGAGGUACAACCACUGGUGGUAAAAGUCAUAAUGAAGAAAAGGCAAAAGUAACUAAAAAGGCCACCAAGACUAAGCUGAAGAAACUCAAGUCAAGCUCUCCAGAUGUAAGCAGCUUGAAAGGAGGGAAGGAUCUAGUCUCUACUGAUAGCAAUCCAGUCACAUGUACAAAUUGUCAUACCAAGACAACACCAUUAUGGAGACGGAAUCCUGAAGGACAACCACUUUGUAAUGCUUGUGGUUUAUUUUUGAAGUUACAUGGAGUGGUUCGACCAUUGUCACUCAAGACAGAUGUGAUCAAAAAGAGACAAAGAGGUCUGGGUAGUACUAGUAAGAAGGGAUCUAUAUCCGGACCGGCCACCCAGAUGAACGGAUCCAACGGGUCUUCUGGAUCGACUCUGAACGGUGGUGGGAACAAGAAUAUGACCAUCGAGAGAGAUGGCGAUGAUUUGAACCCUAUUUCCAUUACGAAAGAAGAGAAAAUGACGCCCGUUCCAAACAACAAACCCAGAAAGAACAGUAGAUCUAGCAUGUCACCCAAGAAGUCUACAAAGAAUAAUAAUACUAAUAAUAAUAAUAAUACUAAUAAUAAUACAGACGGUACCACGAUCACCCAUGAUGGUAACAAUACAAUUACUGGGUUCAAUCCAGGACCAGCGAUUGAUAAUGAAAAAUUGUCUGAGGUUACGUCUUUGAUGAACACGCAUAUUCAACAGACGAAGAACUUACAUCCAAUCCACGAAAAUCCUUACCAACAAGGUUCACAUCAUCAUCAUCACCACCACCACCCGGACACACCGUUCUCCAGUGCAAUCCAUGGGGGAGGAGGAAGUACUCAUUGCACUGAAGAUGUUGGGUUUUCGCCGGGCGAUAACACCCACUAUGAGGACAUGAUGGAUAUUGACAUGACUCACGCUGGUGUGAAGAACGGACAAUUGGGACAAUUGGAUGGUCUGAAUGGAGCCCAGACAUCCCUGGGAGGGCAGGUGCCACUGGGGGCACAACUGGGGCUGAAUGAGGGAAAUAAUUGGGACUGGUUGAGCAUUACAUUGUAA